AUGUCGAGUGAGCAAGUGUUACCAUUAGAGUUGAUCGAAAAGUGUAUAGGUUCUAGAAUUUGGAUUUGUAUGAAAAACGAUAAAGAAUUUGUUGGUACUCUAUUAGGUUUCGAUACAUAUGUUAAUAUAUUUUUAAAGGAUGUUACUGAAUAUGAAUUUACACCAGAAGGAAUUAAACCAAUAAAAUUAGAAACUAUUUUGUUAAAUGGUAAUCAUGUUUGUUUGUUAGUACCAGGUGGUGAAGGACCAUUGAAGAAAUAA